AUGAAACAAGACUUUGGAAAGAGAGAUUACCAUGCACCCCGUUGCAAAAAGGAGGAUGAAGAUCAAGAGUGCACUCACCGGAAGAGUAGAAUGUGUUUCAUGAAUGAUGAAUAUCCUGAUAUGCAAUUCCCUAGAAAGGAUCAUGUAGCGAUCUGGAAUCAGUUCGCUCAACCUGCUCAAUACAAAUUGGAAACAUCCAAAGAGCAGACCCUUUGUUUAAUGGAACGAGAUGAUGAUGAGGAAAUGGAUACUCGUUUUGACGAGGAACUGUUGAAUCCAUAA